CGGACUUUUUCUACGCCCUCACCCUCAUCGACAACCAAAGACUCGCAUUCUCGUUUGCGCAAACUCAAUGACCGUCUCCCACGGUUCCUACGUUCCUACACGACUCCAUUACUUGGCGCUCCAGUAACGCAUAUCACGUCCUUCCUGGUUCUCCAUGAGAUAACGGCGAUUGUGCCGCUGUUUGGAUUAGUGGGGGCAUUCCAUUAUGGGAAUUGGAUACCGGAUUGGGGAUCUGGCGGUGCGUUUGAUGAGGGGAUCCAACGGUUUGGGAAGUGGUUAAGGAAGAAAGGCUGGGUGGAAGAAGGGGAUGUGUCGUCUGCGAAUGAUGGGAUGCAGUCUGGGGAAUUGAGAACUGAGCGGAAAGGGACUAGGCUGGUGCUGGAGUUUGCGACUUCUUACGCCGUUACUAAGGCACUUCUACCGGUCCGCAUUGCUGCGAGUAUAUGGGCAACACCGUGGUUCGCAAGGUCCGUUCUGGCCCCGCUAGGUAAAGGAGCAAGGACCUUGUUUGAGAGGAAAUAG